AUGAAGAAGGCCAAGACGCCGGCGUCGAAUGGCCCGAAGCAGAGGAGCAUCGCCAGCUUCUUCUCGUCGCAGCCAAAGGCUGCGGGGGAGCCGACGCCAGCGAAGGCCACCCCUGUAGCAGCGCAACACGACGACCAAUACAAGGAGAACCGCUCCUCAUCAGAAGACGAGCAGCACCGCCGCAAGUCUGUGCAAAAGGACGACCGCACAGCCCCGCCGCCGCCGCCGCAGCAGCAACAACAACAGCAGCACACGCCUCUCGCCGCAGCGGCGACCGGCGCGCCGAGCCCCGCCCCCGCCGGAGCGACGCCCGCCAAAACGGCCGCAGCGGCGGCGCCCGCGACCCCCGCUACGACUGGUGGCGUGAAAGCCAAGGCCGGUGGCGCCAAAGCUAGCGGCGGCAAGGAGCUGGUCGGGCGCCGCGUGAGCAUAUUCUGGCCCAAGGAGCAGGCCUGGUUUGAUGGAGAGAUUGACGAUGCCGGGGACGACGGCAAACACCACGUUACAUAUGACGACGGCGACGAGGAGUGGGUGAGCCUAGUCAGCGAGAGGCACAAGAUCCUGCCAGCAAAGGGCUCCGCGGCCGCCAAGCGCGCCGCGGCCAAGCGGCGCCACGUGGUGGUGUCGGACGACGACGAGGAGGAGGAGGAGGAGGAGGACGAUGACGCGGGCGGCGACAGCGGGAGCGAGUACAAGGCCGAGAGCGACGACGAGGACGAGGCCAUGGAGGACCUGGAGGAGGAGGAGGGGGGCGCUGACGAGGACGGCGCUGACGAGGACGGAGCGGGCAGCGACGCUGACGAGGACGGCGGCGCCGGCGCCAGCGGCAAGCGCAAACGCGGGGGCUCCAAGGGCAAGGCCUCUGCAGCGCCUCGCAAGCGCGGCCCCGGCGCCGCAACCCCCGGCUCCGCCGGCCGCACCCCCAUGACAGCCACCAAGCAGCGCCCCCGCUCCGACGCCGCCCCCUCGCCCGCCGCCGCGGCGGGCACCCCUGGCGCGUUCGGCGCUGCGACGCCGUUUGUGUGCGGCAAGGGCGGCGGCGGCAGAGGGGAAGGGGAGCCGUCCACGCCGGCGCCGGCGGCGACGCCAGUGGGCAGCAGGGGCGGCAGCCGGACGCCGGGCAGCAAGGGGCUGGGGGCGCGGCUCGAGGGCACGCCAGGCGCCAGCCAGGGCAGCGGCGCAGAGGCGGGGCCGGCUGCGGACGUGGUGCUCGGCGUGACGGCGGAGCGCGGCGGCGAGGCCGCGCGGUUCGCGGCGAAGAUGGCCGAGAAGUUCCCUUUCCUACACCCAAACCG